AUGUCCAGUGAAAAAGAACUGAAGAAAAAGAACGUAGAGGAAGAUUCUGAGGAUGUGAACAUGGAGCCACAAUUCGCUAUGGUACCAAACUAUGAGGUAUCAGACAGGGCGUUUCUUUUAAAGACGUAUAUAACAAGUCCAAGCAAGGUACAGAACAUAAUGACUGAUGAGAAAUUAAACGAAUCUAAAGAUUUCAUCAUGGAACAGAUCGAGAAGGAUUCAAUGGCACCUUACUAUAAAUAUUUGGCUACAAACUAUUUUGUCGAGAAAAAUGAUAAUAAUAAUAACAAACUAAUGGAGUCAUCAAAUAGUGCUGGCUUGUUUCCAUUUGAUUCUGCAUUCCACGAAAAGUUACUUAAAGUUAAUGCAGAGAAAAUUAAUGAAUUAAAACAAAAUUUAGAAACUUUAAAGUCAAAUGAUGAAGGCCCAUUAGAAAUUUCAACUGCUUGGAUCAAAUUAGGUGAAUAUUAUGCACAAAUUGGUGAUUUUGAAAACGCGGAAAAAGUACUAUUGAAUGAAGCUCUAAAUACAGCCAUAUCGCUCGGAUCAAAGAUCGAUAUUUAUUUCCUAGUAUUGAGACUUGCUUUCUUCUACAACGAUUUCCAUUUUAUUAAGGAAAAAUUGGAAUUAGUUUCCAACUUAAUUGAAAAAGGUGGUGAUUGGGAAAGAAGAAAUAGAUACAAGACUUAUCUUGGUAUCUAUUCUCUUGCCGUUAGAGACUUCAAGAAGGCUGCUGAUUUAUUGGUUGAUUCAUUAGCCACUUUCACUUCCACAGAAUUAACAUCAUAUGAAAAUAUAGCGAUGUAUGCAUCAGUUGCAGGAUUAUUCUCUCUGGAAAGAACAGAUUUAAAGGCUAAGAUCAUUGAUUCACCAGAACUUUUAUCAAUAAUGAAUUCAACAGAAUCGUUACAGUCAAUUUCAUCAUUAACAAUUGCAUUAUACACAUCAGAUUAUUCAAGUUUCUUCCCAUUCUUAUUGGAAACAUAUGAUAAGGCAUUAAUUCCAUGCAAAUAUUUGAAUAGACACGCAGACUUCUUUGUAAGAGAAAUGAGAAGAAAAGUUUACGCACAACUGUUAGAUUCGUAUAAGACUUUAGCUUUAAAAUCUAUGGCAAGUUCAUUUGGUGUGUCUGUUGAAUUUUUGGAUAACGAUUUAAGUAAAUUUAUUCCAAACAAAAAAUUAAAUUGUAUCAUUGACAGAGUAAAUGGAAUUGUGGAGACUAAUAGACCAGAUAAUAAGAACGCUCAAUAUCAAUUACUUGUCAAGCAAGGUGACGGUUUAUUAACGAAGUUACAAAAAUAUAGUGCUGCAGUCAAGCUAACAGGUUCUGACCGUGUUGAUUGA